CAAUGGAUUUUGUGAAAUGGGUAACAGUGACUGGUCAGCACAUACAUGAAGGAGGUAGAAUAGAAGAUACAAAAUGUAUUAAUUGGUGUCUGGGGAAACUUAAGGAAGACAGCAUUUGACUGUAAUGUGAUGCAGGAUGUCAGUGAAACAAAGGCAGUAAAGGCAAUUUUUUGGAAGUCUAACAAGCCCUUGAAGGUAAAAGAAAAAAAAUUAAACUGGUGAGAGAAAAGUCUCUCCAGGUUAAAAGAAGGGAAAGGUUGGCUUUAGUUGGGCAAGGGGAUAGCUUAUUCUCAUGUUAGAUGUAGAAUAAAAUCAGGGGUGUGUACAGUGAUAAAAUAUGCAAUGUUUUUGUUUCUUUAUAUUCCACCACUGUCUUUUACACAGUGCACACAUGUAUAGGACUGGGUGACAAAUUAGUAGUUUAGUUUUUUUUUUUUUAGGAGAACCUGUUAGACAGUUGCAUUUACAGCAGAGUCAAGCCUCCAUUAGAAAAGGCUGGAUCAUGGUUGACACCCUAGUCAGGACUUUUACACAGGCAUAUACGUCUGACUCCUGAAUGCAGAAGCCGAGGUCCUUUGUGGUUGCGCAUGCGCGUCAUAAGUAGCUGCCGUAGCCAGACAGCAGCCCAGGGUACCAAGAUACCGGGAUGGUCUGCGCUUCCUAAAAUAAUAAAAAAAAAACGUCCAAUCCCCACAAAAUGAAGUUUCCAUACUCAUAGAUUGGCGAGGAACUGUGAGGUGCAUGCGGCCAAAGCCCUCAUGACCAUGAUGUCAGCUUAUCACAAGUUGCAAAUUGAACAAUUCUGAAUCUCAUGGUUGUGAGAGGGCGUCUCAUGCUGCAUUAGCUAAACAGUGACAUGCUGGCCUGUCUGCCAGCAUCAGGUGACCCUACCAUCAGACUUCUCUCACACAGGCAGAUGAACACUGGACUUCAGAAAUGGGAAACUACACAGAAGAUGAGAUCUGCCAACUAUCCAACCCCAGCAGAGUUGGAUGCCUAUGCUAAGAAAGUUGCCAACAACCCUCUGACCAUCCAGAUCUUCCCAAACAGUGUCAAAGUACCUCAGAGGAAGCACAUACGACGCACAGUCAACGGACUUGACACAUCCUCAUCCAGCCAGCGCCAUAGUCCUUACUCCUCUCAGGUCAGCACCAGUGGAGGCCUGUUAGCUGUCCUUCGCGCACCUCUUAAAGGGGUCAUCAAAGAGUCGGACGGCACCCGUGCCCGGCAUCUUCAUAAGACCAUCAUGAAUCCUCAAAGCGGGCCGUACACCACUCAAAGCACUUUAAACCAUCCCCCACCUUCUGCGCAUCUCCAAGGCCAAUCCCAGUCUGGCCAAAAGCAGGGCAUGGUUCACCCACAGGUGCUGCAGCACCCGCAGCCAACUAUGACUCAUCCAAUGACAGUGCAGCACUCUCAAACAAUGCCUCAUCCACAGGCUUUGCAACAGAGGAACAUGGCUCAGUCACAGGCUCUGCAGAGACAACAGAGCUUGACCCAGGUUCAGGCUCCACAACAGCAAAGAUUGGCUCACCCACAGGGAAUCCAAAGGCAGCAGAGUCUGCCUCACAGCCAAACUGUGCCACAGGGGCAGCAGCAGGGCCAGUCCUGCCCAUCAGUUGGUGCGCCACCACCACCACAGCAGCAGCAUCUUUCACAUCUGCAGACACUAAGGCAUCAGGCAGCUCCUCCACAAGCUCUGCUCCCACAGCAAGCAGUGGCUCAGGAUCUGCGCCACAUUUCUGAUGCAGCUCAGCUCCCAUCUCUGCAGCACACCCAAGGACAGGUUGGCUCACAGCCUCUUCCCCAAACUGCAGGGGCAGGACAUCCUACGCUGCCCAACAGUCUUCAGCAGCAACCUCAGGGAGCAUAUGGGCCCCGCAAGCUCCCUGAUGCAGACGCCCCACCAAAUAUAACUGUAUCUACCUCCACCAUACCACUGUCAAUGGCAGCCAGUCUACAUCAGAAUCGACCUGGUGACCUUAGCAGCAUUGUGCACCAGAUCAACCAGCUGUGCCAGGCACGGGCUGGCAUGGGCACCACCUCUGUCUGUGAAGGCCAGAUAGCAAACCCUAGUCCUAUUAGCCGCAACCUGCUGAUUAACGCCAGCUCAAGGGUUUCCUCGCACCAUUCAGUGCUGGGCCCAGUCCAAAGCUGCCUCAAUGUGGGUCCUGCAGACAAGGCUCCUCCUCAGACUCCUAUUGCUGUGAUGCAUUCACAGCCAAAUAUUUCUGCUAACAGUAUACCUUCCUUUCACACUGACCCUGAGAAGGUACAGAUGCAGCAACAGCAGCAGCAGCUCCAGCAUCUUAUAAAUCAGCAGAAACAGCAACACCAACAACAGCAACAAAAGUUACAACAGCAGCAGCAUAUACACCAACUGCAGCAACGCUCCUGGGCCCAGCAUCAGCUUGCCCACAUGCAGCAGCCUCCAGAAGGAGCUCAUCCCUGUAAGAAUCCAAGGAUGGAAGCUCCGACUGAGUGUUCUUUUCCGUCGCGAAACUUAAAUUAUUCCCACAAGCUACCAAACACUGCACAAUCCUACGCUCUGAAACACCCAGCAGAAAAACCACGGCCCUCAUCCCCAGUUAACUGCCCUCUCGGUUCUAUGCCUUACAUGAAUAGCCACUACAUGCAGCCACCAUGGGGAAGCAUUCCGCCCACAGCAGGAAACAAUGGAUCAGGCCCCGAUGACCUUCCAGGUGCCUACCAGGGAGUCCAGGCUGCUGCAUCCACAGACCGCAUCCCCGGAGCCAAGUACAGGCCCGUGAGGGAGGGUCUGGGUGCCCCGUCCAAGCUGAUGCAGAAUGUGGAUUUCUUAGGAGGAGACUUCCAGAUGCCCGGUUUUCAGGAACAGAGCUUGAAUGUUAUGGAGAAGAUGCACAGGCCAGCCCUUGGUCAAGUUCAGGAUUCAAGCAAUGGUGGUGCUGUUCACACUCAUCACCCUGGCUAUCAUUGAGCGUGUGCUUACACCCUUACAAUUGUGUUUGAGUUGUCUUAAAGUUGUGUUUAACUGUGUGUGUGUUUUUCUUUUCAGUGAUCCCUUUCUUCUCCAGAGCUUGACCCACUAGCUUGUGAUAUUUCUGAAUAAUUCUCAGGUCUUAAACCAUGUCAUACCUUUGUUGCAGAUGAAGGGUAGUUUAGACUGUUGUGUAGAACUCCUCUUUUCAUCACUG